GAAAAAGAUUUUCUGAAUUUAUGAGUUGCAUUCUAACUUAAAAACCUUUGUCACAAUGUGGUUAUAUGUACCAAAGCUUGACGUUUUUAAUGAACAACAAAAUUCCGCAUAUGAUGAUGAUGCCAUGAGAAUCGUGAGUUCCACCGUGAUCGAGAGAGUAAACUGGAAACUAGUUUCAUAAAAAUGGAUGAUUGUAAACUUUGUUACACUGUGGCGUUUGCAACAAUUGUACCAGUGUUCUACUACUUAUUUAAAAAGCUUAACACUCAUGCCAUGUGCACCACAAAUACUAAGUUAGAUGGAAAAACCGUUAUAAUUACGGGUGCUAAUACAGGUAUCGGUAAAGAAACUGCGAUUGAUUUAGCUAAACGAGGUGCUACAGUUGUAAUGGCUUGUCGAGAUUUAAAUCGGGGAGAAAAAGCCUUGGAAGAAGUUAAAAAUUUAAGUGGAUCUCAAAAGAUUUUUUUGAGAAUACUCGACCUUGCAUCUCUUAAAUCUAUUCAUAAUUUUAGCUCAAAUUUUAUAAAAGAAUUUGAUGAACUUCACAUUUUGAUUAAUAAUGCGGGAGUGAUGAUGUGCCCUCACUGGAAAACAGAAGAUGGGUUUGAAAUGCAAUUUGGAGUAAACCAUCUUGGUCAUUUUGCUCUAACAAACUUGCUCUUAAAACAUAUGAUAAAAACAAAGGGAAGAGUGAUUAAUGUCAGCUCAAUGGUAUAUGCUUUUGGCGUUAUUAACUUUGAUGACAUAAAUUCGGAGAAAAGUUACAACAAAAUUAAAGCUUAUAAUCAAAGCAAGUUGGCCAAUAUUUUAUUUACUAGAGAGCUCCAAAACAAACUUGGAAGUUCAAACAUAACCACAUACUCUCUUCAUCCCGGAGCAAUAAAAUCAGAUUUACAGAGACAUGUUUUCUUCUUACAAUUUUUACCACGUUUCUUAGGUGUGAAGAACGCGAUUGAAGGUGCCCAAACUACUAUUUAUUGUGCAACUAAAGAGGGAUUAGAAGAGCAUGCAGGAAAAUACUUUAAGGAAUGCCAAGUGACCACGUGUUGUCACAAAGCAUUUAAUGACCUCUCGCAAUUAAAAAAAUUAUGGGAAAUAAGCGAAAAGUUGACUGGAGUUGCAUUCCCAUUAUAAUUGUUCACUUUACAAAGUUUAACUUUUAUUAGUAACUUUUAUAAGCUCGUAAAACUUGAACAAAGAUUUUUUAAUUGUCUGAAUCUUUUUAAAUAGCUUUUUGAAAUUUUUUAAAAACUUAUUUUUGUUAGUGUUUGUAAUAGUUCUUUAAAAAACAAUGAACUAAUUAAACUUAGUUCAAAAUAUAGACAGCUACUUGCGGUAUUCUUUUGAUCAAUAAUAAAUUUUUUUGCAUUAUUUUAUUGUCCGGUCCGAUGCUGAGUGCACAAAUUUUUUUAUGUUGAUUAUUUAUCUAAGAAUUGCAUCUAAUAUCAUUUUGUUCAUCAAAUAUUUUUAUUCAAUACUUUGCUAUCUAUGGAUACAGUACUACUUU